ACUAAUCCCCUCGCCGAGAGCGGCGGGAAUACCGAGCGGAAGUGGUGCGGGCGGGGAGGCGGGAGCCGUGGCCGCCGUGCGCUCCGUUUCACCUGGGCGCCCGAGGCCCGGGGGGCAGGCUGAGGCCCAUGAGCCCGUCCGCCCGCGCGCGGCUGGCACGCUAGCUCCCGGGCCUCCCGCCCCUCGCCACCAUGUACGACCGCGCUCCCCGCUGCCUCCGGUUGGCCGAGGGGGGCAGCACCGCGGAGCAUGUGGGGCCUGGGUCCUACCAGGUCCCGUUCCCUAAGCCGGCCGCAGGUGGCUAUGCACCAUUUCUUUCUUUGAGUUCCAGACAAACUGCUUAUGCUGUUUCCCCCCACACUGAAAAAGUUGCUCCAGGUCCAGCACACUACAAUGUAUCACAAGCACAGUAUAAAAUAAAAGGAGGCCGUAGUCUGCAAAACCGAGAGAAGCGGUUUAAGAAGCUUACCUCAGAUGGUCCAGGCCCUGCAACCUAUGAUCGACCUCAUCCUGGGACAUUGUGCAUCACAAGCAGACAGAAAAUUUCUAGAAAACCUGCAGUUUCCAAAAGUGUUGAUGUUCCUUCAAUCCCUUCUUCUGGAAAGGCACACGGCUACCAUCUCAAUGACGAUGACAGUAUUAUGAAACGCACACCACCUGCAAUUGAUAACACAAUAGGUCCAGCGUACUACAAGCCUCAGUUUGAUUAUCCUAAAUCAACUUUGAAAUACAAAGGUGUACAUUUUGGCAAUGCUACAGGAAGACAAGAAUUGCUCAAACAUUCAGGUCCUGGUCCUGGACAGUAUGACAUCAUCCAGAAAAGGACAUUGCAUUAUGAAAAUAUUAACAUCAAGAAAGAUAAACAGCAAGAUUAUUGUACAUUUGUCCCUCGGCUGUAUGAAGAAAUAGCAUUGAAGGAGGAAAAAAAGGGAGUACCAGGACCUGGAAAGUAUGAAAUUAAAAGUCUAUUUCAGAAGACACCAAGUAUGACAGCAAAUGUACAUGAUGAAUCUUCCUUUUUUCUCUCUGAAUCAGAGAGAUUUGCACCUAUCAAAUCCAGUACCCCAGCUCCUGGAACAUAUAAUGAAACACGAACUGCAUUUAAGUGCUCAAAGAAAAAAUUAGGACAGUAUUCGCCAUUUGGACAGAGUGCUGCCCGGUUCACACAGGACUCCCGGGCGCAGGAAAUGCCAGGUCCUGGUUUUUAUGAUAUUCCAAGCAACACUGUAAUUGCCAAGGUUAAAAAAACCUGCUUGAAGAAACCAAAGAAAGCUGCAUUUUGUUCUUCUGUCCCUCCACCUUUGAUCAUAGCUCAAAAAGAAAAAGUUUCCAGUGGUCCAGGACCUGGUAAUUAUCAGGUUGAUAAAAUUCUUGAUGAAUUACCUAACUUGACCAACAAAAAUGUUGCUUUCUUGUCAAGAACAGGAAGAACUACAGUAGUACCACAGACGAUGAUUCCAGCCCCAGGCAGCUAUGAUGUUCAGAAAUCGUAUGAUAUGUCCCAGGUUAAACACAACUACAUGCCACCUCGUAGUUCAGUGGCUAAAAAGAAACAUUCCUCCUUCCUGAGUGCAGCUCCUCGGUGCCUGGGAAAAAUUGCUGAAGGGCCAGGACCUGCAACAUACAGUCCGAUUUUAAUGAAGUCUCGUGCUAUAAUCUCAUUUGUUAGAGGAUCAAAGCGUUUUGAACAUUGUCCCAAAGAGUUCUCUCCUGGACCAACGACAUAUGAGCUCAGUCCAUUCUUAAGACAUACUGUUCUGAAGAGAACAUACAAUGUCACCCUCCCAUGUUCAUCUUCUAAGAGAGAAAUUGGCUAUCGUACAGAACAAAAAGCUGGACAAAAACAUCAAAGAGAUAGAGAGCAGUAUCGUAACUGAUGCAUCCCAAAGGUAAUAUCUCUUAACAGAAAGGUAAGCUGGCAGUCUUCUCACAGAGACCUCUUUCCGGUGUGAUGAAGUCAUCCAUCAGAUGCUUAAAGAACAGUUUCCAGUCUAACUCUGGAGACAGAAGCCUUUGUUGCCGUUAACACUUGUAACUAUUUUUGUCCAUCAAAUUUCCCCAUUGCAAUAAAUAUAUACAGACAUGCAUGCGUACAUACAUACAUGCAUACAUACAUAUAUACACUCCCCAUUGAAUUUGUAAGCAUACUUUAGAUGCCUCCACAGGAAAUACAGUGCUAAAUAAAGAUAUCUGAUGAAAGUUUCCUUUAGAAUCUUUCUGUAACCAGAGAAUAUGGUGAUGUUCUGAACACCAACAUGUAAAACAAAGCAAACCCUGUAACUUUGUAUACAUGCUAGCCACCUGACUGAUUUUCUCAUGGUUUCUUUCUUUGAAAUUCUAAAAGUGUAUACUUUUUUAAAAAAAUCACAAAAGGAAUAUUCACUAUGUUUCACUUUGUGUCUAUCUUAUAUGUAAAUAGGAAAACAAGGAAAAAUAAUUAAAUUGUGACAACAUUUUUCCAUGGCCUCUGUG